GUUUUGUUUGGUUUGGUAUUUUGGUUUUUUUGUAUUUUUUUUAUCGGGAAACGGCCCUCGCAUUGCUGCCUGGCUGGCUUUGGCUUCAUAUAAAAAUUGAAGCGCACACAAAGGCAGCAUUUAGUCUGGCACAGUCACUGGCCUGUCCAGUGUCACAGUCACAGUCACAUCAACACCAACACAAACACAAACACACACACGCACGCAGAGAACAAGAGGUGUGUCAGCAACAACAGCAAGUGACCGGCAAUUGCAGCAGCAGAACGCGCAUCAACAUCCACAACAACAAUAAGAACAACAACAACAAGGAGGCAAAAUCACAAAACAUUGCUGCGAUGUCAAUGCGAAUGGAACUUGGUCUGCUGAUGGCGGCAACGUUGCUGUGUGCCACGGUCAGCGGCACAAUGACAGCGCUGAAUGGCAGCUCCUCGCUCCCCCUUGCUGGUAUUGAGUAUGGCAAUGGCAUACCGGAGCGUUUCGAUGAGACGCAGCUGUGGCGCAUCUACAACAUUACGGAGGCCAUGCAACAGAGCAUUCCCGUUGGCCAGGUGAUGGAGCAAAAGUUUGGCGGCAACAUCUGGAAGGAGAAUUCCAAAUUUCUCGACAUCUCCAUUGGCAAGGAGCACGUGAAGGCGGCGCGCAGUUUUCUCGAUGCCCAUCGCCUUGAGUCCGAAGUGCUGUCGGGCAAUGUGCAGGAGCUGAUCGAUGCCGAGCAGCUGGAUGGCAUCAAUAGCACCCUUUCGAUACCGGGCAGUCGCAUAAAGAAGGCAUCGCGCAGUGGCAGCAGCGGCAUGCACUGGAAGGAUUAUCAUGAUCUGGAGACGAUCUAUGCUUUUAUGCGCGAGGUGCGUGCCAAGUUUCCGGACAUUGCCCGACUCUACACCAUCGGACAGACGGCCGAAGGACGUGACAUCAAAGUCUUGCGCAUCUCUGAGAACCCGCGCGAGACAAAAAAGAUUUGGAUCGAUGGUGGCAUCCACGCUCGCGAAUGGAUCAGUCCCGCUACCGUCACCUACAUCCUGUACCACCUGAUGAGCAAAUGGGAGACGCAACCAAAGUAUUUGCGUGAAAAGACCUGGUACUUUUUGUGCGUCAUGAAUCCCGACGGUUAUGUCUACAGUCGGACGGUGAAUCGUCUGUGGCGCAAGAAUCGUUCGCCAUCGCGACGUGCCAACUGCUUUGGCGUCGAUUUGAAUCGCAACUUUGAUAUCGGCUGGAAUGGAUAUGGCUCCUCGACGAAUCCCUGCAGUGACACGUAUCGCGGCACUUCACCCGCCUCCGAACAGGAGACGAAAGUGGUUGCCGAAUUUCUGGCGAAACGCAAACACAAUUUGGAUGCAUAUCUGACAUAUCAUAGCUACGGACAAAUGGUUGUCUAUCCCUGGGCCUACAAGGCGGUCAAGGUUAAGGAUGCGAACGUGUUGCAACGUGUGGCCAACACAGCUGUCGAUCGGAUUGCCCAAAAGACCGGCACCUCGUAUCGUGCCUCGGUGACGCACGAGGUGCUUGGCAUUGCUGGCGGCGGCUCCGACGAUUGGAGUCGUGCCGCUUUGGGUGUCCAGUAUGUGUAUACGAUUGAGUUGCGUGAUCGCGGCACUUAUGGCUUUGUUCUGCCACCGAAGUACAUCAAGGAUACGGCGCUGGAGGGUUGGAUUGUGGCCGAUGCGGUGGCCCAGGCCAUUGCCUAGGACAUGAGAUACAUUCUAUGAUGUCCCUUAUUAUAUACGUGUGUGUAUGUCUGUCUCGGAGUGAAUGUCUAUUUAUGUAUGCGUGUACAUUGUACAUAUGUAAAGUAAAUAAAUUAUAUAAAUUAAUUGUUUAA